AAUUAAUAAAAUUAAAGAAACUUGGUCCUGAAUUUACUGAAAAGCAUCCAAAAUCAAUAUAUACAAGUAGAGCUUUUUCUAUGAAAUCACUUAUGAAAUCACUUAAUAUGAAACAAGGAUAUAUUUCAAAGGAAUAUGAAUAUGAUAUAAAUACUCAAAGUUCGUCUUUAGCAAAUAAAAAUUCUAAUAUCCAGUAUCAAGACGCAGGUUACGCUAAUUUAUCAUUAAAUGAAUAUACUUCUAAUGAAUUGGAAUUUGAUAUUUCAAGGCAACCUGCAAUAGAUGUAAAGUCAUCAACUCAGAAUGCUUCAAAUACACUGCAUCAAAGUGGAACUUAUAAUAUUCCAAUAAAUUCAUCGAUUUCAUCUGAAAAUUUUUCAAGAAAACGUGAUAUUGAAGAAUCAGAAAUCAACUCUCAAGUUAAGGGAAAACGGGUUAAAACUGGUGAUAGUUUAAUUUCAGAAUAUCUUAAUAUAGACUUUACAGAGUGA